UUUUUUCUUUUUAAUAAAUUUUACAGACAUUUCUAAAAUUGUUUUCACUUUGUCAUUAUGGGGUACCAGUGUAGAUUAAUGAGAAAAAAAAUAUGAAUUUCAACGACUUAGAAUUAGGCUGCAGCAUAACAACAUUGAGAAGCGAAGAGGGAGUGCGCUGUGUAUUGUGUUCCUCUUGCAUUGGAAAUUGAGCAAGGGUUCCCCCUUUGCACCUCCUCGAAAGGGAUGUCAAAAGUGACAUUUCUGAUUCUCAUUUGACAGGAGGAGCGUGUCAAGCAGCUAAGAAAAGCGGCCCUCCGAAGCCCUGCCCUCCCUUAGUUCAGCGCAUCGUGGCCGUCCUGACAGCUGGAUUGUUGAUGGUCCCUGAAGCGCCCAGGCUGGGCUCGAUGCUGAGCUCAAGGCAGGCUCUGCGCUUCCUCCAGGAAGACUGCGCGCGCACGCACGGGGGGGGCUAGGAGUGGCCACCGUGUGCACCCCCACCCACCACACGCAGAGCAGGAACCGCUGCCGGAGACCCAAAGAGGCGCCCGCCUUUUGCCGGGCCUGGUUAUGAGGAGCGACCUGAGGGUCACUGCGCAGCGGCGAUCCACAAACCGGGCUCCCUUUAGCUCCUGACGGGGAAGCGGCCGAGGGGCCUCCGCCCUCGUCCGCCGUAUGCAGGCCUAACUGGGGAGAACGGGGGGCGGGGCCCGUCUGCCGGAGGACUAAGGCGCGUCCCUGGGAGCAGCGCGGCCGGUUUUCCGCCCCCGCCCUGCCCCGCCGGGUGCUCCUCUCUCCCGCUCGGGGACGGGAAGGAUUCACCCCAUCCCCCGUGCAGAAGCCACGGACGCUGCGCGAUUACUCGCUUUUGUCCCUAAUUGGCCGCCGUCUCGAUCGGCGGUUUCCGGCGAUUCCAGGUUGCGACUCCCGCGGCCCGCUGGGAAUUCUGGGAGUUGAAGGCCAACCCUGCUUGAAGUGGCUGGAGCUGCGAAACCGAUCGAGCUGCCCCGCGGGGCCUCUCCCUCUGCGCCUCCCGUCUCCGCUGUCUCGACCUCCUUGGGGGCUGAAGCGGGGUGCCAGCCGCUCGUCGGCCGCACCCGGAGGAGAGACGGCCGUAACCCACGGCCACUGAGGCGCCUGCGCCGCGUCACCCCUGGCGGGCGGGGCCGCCUGCCUUGAACUUCCGGCUCCGGUUCCUUCCGGGGGAAGAGGAACGGCGGCGCUCCCGCCGGCGGCCAAGGAUGAGCAAGGCGUGGCGUCGCGCGGAGGCCGCGGGCGGCAGGAUGGAGGGCGGCCGGCGGGGCGAGGCGGCAGCGGCGGCGGAGGAUCCGGGCGGGCACGGCGCCCACAAGAAGAAGCACAAGAAGCACAAAAAGAAGCACAAGAAGCGGCACCACCGAGAGGAGCCCGGCCUGGACCCCGCAGUCGCCCUGCCCAAGCCGCAGCUGAAGCUCAAGAUCAAGCUGGGCGGUCAGAUCCUGGGCACCAAGAGUGUCCCAACCUUCAGCGUGAUCCCCGAGAGGCCCCGCUCCCCCUCCCCACUGAUGGGGGCAGACGACGAGGAGGAGCCCAUGGAAGGCGUGCCCAUCGAACAGUACCGGGCGUGGCUGGAUGAAGACAGCAACCUGGAGCCAUCCCCGUUGCCAGAACUUGAUCCAGAAAUGGGCUUCCCAGCACGGGAGGAAGAAGAGGAGCAGCGGUGGCUGGAUGCCCUGGAGCGUGGGGAGCUGGAUGACAACGGGGAACUGAAAAAAGAGGUGGAUGAGUCCCUGCUCACUGCCCGGCAGAAAGCCCUCUUGCACAAACAGCAGAGUCAGCCCUUGCUGGAGCUGCCCAUGGGAUACAAGGCCAAGGAGCUGACAGAGGAGAUGCUGGUGAAGCGAGAAGAACGGGCUCGUAAGCGGCGGCUCCAAGCUGCUAAAAAGGCCGAGGAAAACAAGAAUCAAACCAUUGAGCGCCUCACCAAGACCAGCAAGGCCAAAGUGAAGACGCUGCGUGAGCGCAAGGCCAAAAGCUCGGCAGUCCCCACAGUGAGCUACCGCAGUGCUGCUUCUGGAAUCACCGUCUCCUUCCCACCAGGAACUUCCCUGCCCAUGUUGCCCUCCCUCCCGAGGGUAGUGCCUCUCCCCAUGCCAUGUGGGGUUAUCGGCUGUCCCAACCUCAAGCGGUACUCCUGUUCCCGCACUGGGAUCCCUCUUUGUAGCUUGGAUUGUUACAAAAAGAACCUGCUGCUUCAGGAGGUGCCAGCAUAGGCACUCUGGUGGACUGUUGGUGCCCAGCCAUCACCCUAAAGGCCUCUGUGGUCUGGAAGGGGCGUGCCAGCCCUGUUCCCAGGUGGCUGUGGGCAGAGGGGCAAGAUGUGGUGUCCAAACAGCCUUGGGAUCUGUACGGCAGCCAAUUUAGCAACAAGCACAUCUCUGGCUGUGCACAAUGCGAGCCCCUUGGACAGCUCUUCUUGCUGCAGUGACCGUGUUGGAAAUGGAGGGCUCUGUUCCCCAUGAGCUGCAGUGGGGAGGAGAGGACAGGACCAUGGUGUGUGUGUGUGUGUGUGUGUGUGUAGGGACUUGGAAGAUGGUGCCAGUGUUGACAGGCAUUAUUUCUUGCCUUUCUGGGGGUUGCUGCUUCUCAAGACUGAUGGAAGCAGCAGUACUCUUUGUCAUUUGUAUAGGAUGCAGAGAAAAGUGGCUGGUUGCUGGCAGGUCUUCACUAAGUCAGGCAGGAAAAUUGAUUUAUUGUCACAUUAAAGAUACCCUGAAACUAA